CCAUUAUUCAAUGAAAUAUUCAACUUUGAGAUUGUCAGAACAUUAACCUUAUAUAAUAUCCUCUCUUAGAUUUGAACAUUAAGAAACUCUAGCGAUUAAAGAAAAACCAACUAUUAGUUAAUGGAAGGAUAAUCAUUAGAUUUAUAAUUUACCUAAAGAAAUUUUAAAAGAAAAUAAGUAAAGGAGAGAUAGAAGAAUAUACAAUCAAUCUAAUAUUAGUGAAUAACUUCCUAAACUUAUAAAGAACCAGUAUAAUUCCAAUGCAAUUAUUUCAGAUAGAAACGAUAAUUAUAUUUGUAAGACUACUGCAAGCAAUUCAGAUGAAUUAGUUUCAAAAUACUCUUUCAUAUAAGCUGAUUACACAAAUGGAAUUUCAUUAGGAAAAAAGAUAUCCCCUAUUAAAUUGUAAAAACAUCUUUUGAAAUUAAGUCUCUAAAAUUUAUUAAAAUCUUAGCAAGCAUAAAAGAAGAAGAAAAUUGAGGAAUCUAUAUUCCCUCAUUUUGUUCUAAAAUGA